AUGGCGAGCACGCGGCUCGCGACGAGCCUUCCGAAGGCUGCGCGCUCGGUCACCCUGCCCCUCCGGCCCCGCAUCCGGCAAGAUGUCGCUUCGCUGCGAGCCUACCGCCCAGAUGCGACUUCCUUCUCAACCUCCGCUUCCUGCCGCGCCUUCGAGAGCCACGACAGCGACCUGCAGAGCUUCCAAGCGGCUCCCCCGAUCGAUUUCGGUGACAGGCCCGGGACCCCUCCUCUCCUGAGCCGCGUUCGGGUAGUGCCAGCAUCGCCCUCUUACUUUACCGCCAAGCCCAAUUUCGUGGACGACUUUCUCGAGCUCCAGGCCAUCCUGCGCAAGUAUCAGACACUGCCGAUGAUAGAGCCAGUCUAUGCGCCAAGGGUGGCCUGGAAAAGUCUAUCAGAGUACAAGGUGGAGACCAAUGAACCCAUUCGAAUCGCGAAAUGGCGCAAGCUGCAAAAAAUUCUGCAGAGGCUCAACUACAUCCAUCCUACGAUCAUCCCGGACGAGGUCACCCAGAUAAUGAACAGAUACAAGAGGGCGAUCAACCCGUAUGAUCGAAAACCGAAGCUGAGGUCAUUGGACGAGAUGGGAAGGGGAAUGGGCGUGGGAAGGAGAAAGACUACAUCGGCGGUUGCAUGGCUAGUGGAGGGCGAGGGCGAGGUUAUGAUCAACGGAAAGAGCUUAACCGAGGCUUUUAACCGGGUACACGACCGCGAGAGCGCCAUUUGGGCGUUGAAGGCUACGAACCGCGUUGAUAAAUACAACGUUUGGGCGCUCAUAAGAGGAGGCGGAACCACAGGGCGUGCUGAGGCAUUGACCUUAGCGAUUGCAAAUGCAUUGAUGGUGCACGAGCCAGGCCUGAAGCCUGCACUUCGAAGAGCUGGCUGCGUCACUCGUGAUCCUCGUAAGGUCGAAAGGAAGAAGCCGGGCCACAUCAAAGCUCGCAAGAUGCCCACCUGGGUCAAACGUUAG